UCUGGCACUUGGAGCAUUGGAGAGGGAAUGAAGGGAAAUAUUAAUGCCAAGCACAGGAUCGGAGAAGUCUUUGGAGGAAUAUCGCGGAGGAAUAAGCGCCGGGUGAAUGUGACGUCCGCUUAUAGGGUCACUUUUACGCGUCAUGGUUCUUGUUUUUCUGCCUCUAUUGACAGUUUGCAGCAGCAGAAGCGCGGUGCCGAAGGAGGCGCUGACAACCGAAUAAAGUCCCCAAACCUGCAGCAUAUCUUCUCCUUUGAUCGUCACCUGGAGCGAGUGACAGGGCUUGUCUUUACUGGAACAUGCAGUAGAGGAACCAGCUUUAUUAUCGUAUUCAUAAUCACUGUGAAACUAUAUAGUAGUUUCACUGUGACAUGGACUCCUCCCCCAGGCUGGACGCUGACCCGUUAACACUGCUUCAGCUACAGGAGGUGGACUCUAGCGAAUCCUCAGAGGGGCCAAGCCCCCCGGGAAUCUUGUCCGCCACGUACAGCCCUCCUCUGGGCAUGGACAGCCACACCGUCUGCAUACCGUCUCUGUACACGGAUAGCAGCAACGAGUACAACAACGGCCACGGACCUCUGACCUUCUACAGCCCAUCUGUGCUCAGCUAUGCCAGGCCGCCCAUCACUGACAGCCCAUCCCCUCUGUGCCCCCCGCUUAGCCCAUCAGCCUUCUGGCCCUCCCACAACCACCCCAACAUGCCCUCAAUGUCUCUCCGCUGCCCUCCGCCUCUCGUCUACAAUGACAACAGCCCACAUGCUCCCUGGCUGGAGCACAAAACUCACAGCAUCAACGGUAGCAGCUCCAUCAUCGGCUGUAACAAGACGCUGGGGAAGAGAUCAGGGGAAGGCGUGGAAGGCUUGAACUCCUCGUUGUGCUCGUCUGCUAUAGGGAAGGCGGACAUGCACUUCUGCGCCGUGUGCCACGACUACGCCUCCGGGUACCACUAUGGGGUGUGGUCCUGCGAGGGCUGCAAGGCCUUUUUCAAGAGGAGUAUCCAAGGACACAAUGACUACAUCUGCCCCGCCACAAAUCAAUGCACUAUCGACAAGAACAGACGUAAAAGCUGCCAGGCCUGCCGCCUACGUAAAUGCUACGAAGUGGGCAUGAUGAAGUGCGGUGUAAGGCGUGAGCGCUGCAGCUACAGAGGAGCCCGACACCGCCGUGGGGGGCUCCAGGCUCGGGACUCCGCAGGCAGGGGUUUGGUCAGGGUGGGGCUGGGUUCCCGUGCCCCAAGGCAUCUCCACCUGGAGGCUCCUCUGGUCCCUGUGGACACCGUCCCUCAGAUGAGCCACGUUAACCACUCGGCCAUGGGCCCGGAGGAGUUCAUCUCCCGCAUCAUGGAGGCGGAGCCGCCGGAGAUCUACCUCAUGGAGGACAUGAAGAAGCCCUUCACCGAGGCCAGCAUGAUGAUGUCCCUCACAAACCUGGCAGACAAGGAACUGGUCCUCAUGAUCAGCUGGGCCAAAAAGAUCCCAGGGUUCGUAGAGCUGAGUCUUGCAGACCAGAUCCACCUGCUGAAGUGCUGCUGGCUGGAGAUCCUGAUGCUGGGCCUGAUGUGGAGGUCCGUGGAUCAUCCUGGAAAACUCAUCUUCUCUCCAGACUUCAAACUCAACAGGGAGGAGGGACAGUGUGUGGAGGGCAUCAUGGAGAUCUUCGACAUGCUGCUGGCAGCCACCUCUCGCUUUCGUGAACUGAAGCUUCAGAGGGAGGAGUACGUGUGUCUGAAGGCCAUGAUCCUCCUCAACUCCAAUCUGUGCACCAGCUCCCCUCAGACGGCCGAGGAGCUGGAGAGCAGGACCAAGCUGCUGCGUCUGCUCGACUCGGUGAUCGAUGCUCUGGUCUGGGCCAUCUCCAAACUGGGCCUUUCCUCGCAGCAGCAGACUCUGCGCCUGGGACACCUCACCAUGCUGCUCUCCCACAUCCGCCACGUCAGUAACAAAGGCAUGGACCAUCUCUCCAGCAUGAAGAGGAAGAACGUGGUGCUGGUGUACGACCUCCUGCUGGAGAUGUUGGACGCCAACACGUCCAGCGGCAGCAGUCAGUCCUCGUCCUCGCCGAGCUCCGACAACUUCUCCGACCAGCAGCAGUACCCGCCCGCCCCGUCCCACCUGCAGGGCUUCAGCGUCGACGCUCCGGUCCCAGACAGAAGCCUGCAGAAUCUGCAGCUCCCGCCCUCACCGUCCUUUCAGAACCUCGCUCGGAUGGACAGCAAUGACUACAUCGACCCGGAGCAGUGGUCGCUGGAAGCCGGAGACGCCGGUCCGUCAGUCGAACCCACAGAGUACAUCAUCUCUGAUCGGGUCGUCAUGGAAACUGCCUAAACAGGGGGUGGCCGGGACCGAAAGACUCUUAUAACUGAGACUUAAACCUUUAAUGGCUUCCCAUUAAAGAUCGAGAAAAAGAUUAAAAACAAACAGAAAGUGCCGUUGUGAGGUAACGUUUUUUUGAGAUGUUGUUAGUCUUUUUGGGAAAAGAAAACGCUUUUUGAUCGAAUGUAUAUUUUGUGUGCGUAAAUAUUUCUUGUGAUUGUGCACUACAGCCGGUGUUCACGGGAACAUCGCUGGCCAGUCAGUUUGAGCUCUCUCUUUUGAUAUGCAGUAUUUGUAUCUCUUUUUCCACCUUUCAUCCAGAACAAGCCGUCCGAAAUCUGCAGCCAAAUGCAUGUGGUCAAUAUUCAUCAUCUCCGUAAGGGUUGUUAGUUGUGUAGCUGGCCGUGUCUUCUAUCACACUGUGGUGUUUUCCUCCUUCACUUCUACUACUUGUUCUUUGGUGUUUUAAUCGGUGCCUGUUUUCUACUCUCUUUGUACACACGACGAGUUUCAGAUGAGUAAAGAAGCAGCGGUUUGUGGCCUUUUAACGAAACGACUGUUAAAAAAAGCUUUCUUCUUUGUUCAUCAAAGGCUGGAGUUACAAUUCAAUUACAGUUAGUGGCACUGUUCGUAACAGAAACACCGUCCAAAGCAACUUACAAUAAGUGCGUUCGACUAUGAAGACACAAAGUUAAAGGUCUCCUAUUAGGCUCUUUUAUGGCAUAUAUAAUAGGUCUCAGAUAUAUAUAUAAAAACAUGUCUCUGGCGUGUUUUGCUCAAAAUACCAAAGAGAUCAUUGAUUUUAGUAUGUCUGCUAUCCCUCUGUUUCUGCCCCGUUUUCUAAAGUGCUGACUGUGACUUUCCCUUUUAUGCAAAUGAGCUGAAGCUGGUCACGCCCCUUUGGAGCUGAAGCUGGCCACGCCCCUUUGGAGCAUCAUGACCUCUCUGUCUGAAGAGAGAAGUUUCUAACGGAGAAACUCAGCUAAACGCUGUCGUGAUUAAACGCCAUAUGAUGUUCCAAACCACAUCAAGCAUUAUUUCUGAAUCACGUCUCAGUGUUUACCACUAGAACAGAGACAUUAUAUGUAUUAUAUAAACAACAACUCUAAGUCCCUCCUGAAGACAUCCUGCACAGAGACACAGAGCUGCUGCGGAGGGGGUUCAGCUCGCGACUGUACAUUGUGGAGGAUAGGUCGGGACGUGUCACGUAGGCGGGACGUUGCCAGGAGUUCAAUGUAAACCCAGCCCACAUUUCUGAUAUGACGUCAUAUCGGCAGUAAAUCUGGAUCAGCUCAUUUGUACCCCCGUUUUUAGAGCUGUGGAUAAGGAGGAAAAGAGAGAGGGAUGUAUUUUCAGACACUCUGUGAGUCUCCUUACACACCGGGGACACAUAUUUAUGUAUAAAAGACAGCCAAAAGUGCGUUUUGCAGAACAGGGGACCUUUUAAAGAAGCAGGAAUCCUACAAGUAAAAUGUAUUUACCUAUUAUGUUUUGCCCUAAAGUUCAUGAAACCUUUAAACUAAGAGAUCAAAACCUGUCAGAUUUAAAAGCUUGGAUUACUCUUGAACAUAAGCUGCUAUAUAUUCGCAGAGCCUCCCUAAAAAAAAAAGAAGCAAACAACUAAAGUGAUAAUACAACAAAAGCCAAGCAUCAAGGUGCAGAAAACACAGGAUUGUUCAGAAAAAAAGCAGUUUAGAUGAAGUUGAACUGAAACUGAUCUCUGAUGCAAAGUUUGCAGCAAAUAUUCUGCUCCAAAUCCUUCGGUUCACGUUCUUUCAUGUGUAAGUGUAGUGUUUCAAAUGUUCUGUACUGUAAGGCCUUUAAAAUAAUAUGAAGUUUUCCUUAAAAUAGUUCACGUAACCACCGGUCACUUUUACUCAAUUCAACAGGAGAGAGAACGGGUACUACUUAGAGCAAGCAGACUUUUCCAGAUAUAUUCAACUCAAAGCAAUCCGGCUUUUACACCGUGGCGUACUUCCAGUAAAUUCUGCUGCAGCUUCAACUGUGAUAAAGAACUUCUGCCUAAACGAAAGACCUUGGUGGUUUUAUUAAACCAAGUAGCUGAGCGUUCAUUCAGACUGGAUACCACAUGAUUACUCUUAUGAGCAUCGCUCCAGGACUGCUUAGUUUAAUAGUUUUUGGCUUUACUAGAAACAUGGAAGUGUUGACUAAGUCCUUGAAGUAGAUUUGUUUCAAUCUGGCAAACUGAAGAAACCACAAAUUACCCAAAAUGCAUCACUUGGACAUCGAGUGAUGAACAGUGCCACUUCUCUGCCGAAGUAAAUCCAGCCUUCGUGCCAAAUAUUCCCACCACUGCUUUUAUACAGAUCCACGUUCAAUGUGUAUUCUUUCCCGAUGUCUGUAGCCCGUACAUGCAUGCACACGACACACACUCUGUGCUGAAAAUGUUUCCAUUUGUUCACAACACACACACACACACGCUUAUCUGAGAUCUUUUGCCUGCCUGUUGCAAACCUCCAGUACAGUAAACAAACAAUCAUGGCAAACACAGUUUAUUGUCAAUCAAAACUGCCCGUCUAUACAUCCCAUAAAUAAGAGUUCACAAAAUAAAUCAAACUUUACACACG